CCUUCCCGACGAGGUACCCGUUUUCCAAAUUUUGUUCGUUAACAAUCUGAUGGUCUGUCACCGUGGCCAAUGCGCGAUCGCUCUCAAAGUCUGUCCGCAGAGGGACCGACCGUUCGCUCCCGCGACGGCUGUUCUCGCGGACUCACGAUACGAAUCGUAAUCGUGAAUUUCGCGCGUUCUAAAUUAUGAUCUAUCUCGCGAGCUGAAAGACAUACUCGCUGGGGCAUUCCAAUAAUUCGAAUCUCAUGCGGGACAUCGUAUCUUUUCUUUAUGCGAAAACGAUUCGGGAAGGAUCAGUAACGCGGUAAUGGGUCUGACGGAUACGAGUUUCGAAAUACUUUUGACCCUGUGGCGGGUUCUCGUCGUGGGAGUCGUGUGGACCGAAGAAGUCUGCGGUCAGUGUCGCGGUGCCUCGCAAAGCUAUAGCAUCGCCAGUCUCGCUCGCUAAUCGUCCUGCUACUUGGUAAGUGGAAUAUCGAAAACGAGACAUGUCGUCGAGGGUGGUGAAGACGCCACCAAUGAUGAACGGCAGCGUCGACGGCAGGGAGACCUGGUCCGGGAAGGUUGACUUCCUUUUAUCUGUCAUCGGAUUCGCUGUCGACCUUGCCAAUGUCUGGAGAUUCCCUUACCUGUGCUAUAAAAACGGUGGCGGAGCCUUUCUGGUUCCGUAUUGUAUAAUGCUGGUGGUAGGAGGGAUUCCAUUGUUUUACAUGGAGCUCGCCCUGGGUCAGUUCAAUCGAAAGGGUGCGAUCACUUGUUGGGGUCGACUAGUGCCACUUUUAAAAGGUAUCGGAUACGCGGUGGUUCUGAUCGCGUUCUACGUCGACUUCUACUACAACGUGAUCAUCGCCUGGGCACUGCGAUACUUCUUCGCCUCGUUCUCCAGCCUCCUGCCUUGGACCACUUGCGACAACCCGUGGAACACGCCACUGUGUCGCGCUUUCGACGCGAAUAUAUCUUACACGUUCGCCGAUAUCUACGGUGAACCGCUCGACUUCGAUGAAUCCACCAACUCAUCCCUGAUCGAAGAGCCGGACAGUCAAGGCUACAAUAACACGUGGCACACCAGUGCUGCCCAGGAAUAUUUUAAUCGAGCCAUUUUGGAAAUUCACGAAAGCGCGGGCAUACACGAUCUCGGGACAAUUAAAUGGGAUAUCGCGCUCUGCCUAUUGGUCGUCUAUAUCAUAUGUUACUUCUCUUUAUGGAAAGGCAUUUCCACUUCCGGCAAGGUAGUUUGGUUCACGGCUCUAUUUCCUUAUGCCGUUUUGUUAAUUCUACUCAUACGCGGCGUCACGUUGCCGGGGAGCCUGGAAGGAAUACGCUACUAUCUGAGUCCGAAUUUCUCUGCCAUCACGAAAGCAGAGGUCUGGGUAGAUGCUGCGACGCAAGUGUUUUUCUCUCUCGGCCCCGGUUUCGGAGUGCUCCUUGCCUACGCGAGUUAUAACAAAUAUCAUAACAACGUUUACAAGGACGCUUUAUUAACGAGCGUGAUUAACAGCGCAACGUCGUUCGUCGCUGGUUUUGUCAUUUUUUCUGUAUUAGGGUACAUGGCUAAAGCCAGUGGAAAGUCUAUCCAGGAUGUUGCGACCGAAGGACCCGGUCUGGUGUUUAUUGUGUACCCUGCUGCUAUCGCUACCAUGCCCGGAUCGAUGUUCUGGGCACUCAUCUUCUUCAUGAUGUUGCUUACAUUAGGACUGGACAGCUCGUUCGGAGGGUCGGAAGCGAUAAUAACCGCGCUUAGCGACGAGUUCCCAAUUAUCGGGAACAACCGUGAAAUUUUCGUCGCUAUGCUUUUCACGUUGUACUUCGUCGUCGGUUUAGCUUCGUGUUCACAGGGCGGCUUUUACUUUUUCCAUCUGCUGGAUCGAUACGCGGCCGGUUAUUCGAUGCUGUUCGCAGUUUUAGCGGAAUCGAUCGCCAUCAGUUGGAUUUACGGAACGGACAGAUUUUGCGCAGAUAUUAAGGACAUGAUCGGAUUCUCGCCCGGUAUCUAUUGGAGGGUCUGCUGGAAAUUCGUCGCGCCGAUGUUUCUCAUGUUCAUUAUAGUCUACGGUCUGAUGGGCUACGAGCCGUUGACUUACGAGGACUACGUCUACCCGGUGUGGGCAAACGUGUUAGGCUGGUUAAUUGCGACUUCCUCAAUUGCGAUGAUACCCGGCGUCGCAAUUUACAAGAUCGCCGUCACGCCCGGCAAUUUCAUUCAGAGAUUGAAGAUUCUGACGACUCCCUGGAGGGAUACGCAGCAAAGGAACGUUGAUCUGUCUUCGGUGGCGAACGGGGCGGUUCGCCGGAGCUUCAUCGGUGACCAGGAUUUGAACCUGACGAAGGAGCAGCAGGAGCUGACUAAGGAACAGACGGAAGUGAUGAUUCCAUCCAGAGAGAGUGUCAACAGAGAGCCGCCACCGGAGCCGGUCUAGGACAGUGCGGUUGUGAUUUUGCACGGUGCCCGAUUCCAAGUAUACCUUUGCUAAUGGUCCAUCGGAACGUCUCGCGAAGAGCCACGGGCGAGGAACGCACCCACUUAGAUUUAACGGUAACAAUUACCCUCCCUCCCCCUGACGAUUCGGUGCCAUUCGAACCACGAGGCUUCGUAGUAAGAUCGUAGCGAGAUCGUUGAGGGACGUAUAGUAAUCGAUCGUUUCUUUCAAAGACGAAUUAAUCGCACAAAAAUGUUAUGUAUAUAAACUUUUACCCGCAGACUAAUUUCCGCAACGAUACAUGUUCAUUUACGAUUGUUCAAGCGUUUCGAGGGAACACGUCGCAAAACGGUCCAACCUGUAAAUAUUCCAAUCAUUAUGGAAUUUCCUACGUGAUUUGCGAAUCGUUAUUCCAGCGAACAAGGGAAUUUUCUUGGUCAACAGCUUUAACGUUCGAUGAAACUGAAUGUUCUAUCGAUUAGAAAUGUUUCAUUGGGAACGGAGACGAGAGAGAUUUAGUCGUUACGACGUGGACGCGUUCAAUCCAUAGAAUAAAAUAUAACUAUAGCCGAUUAAAUUAUAGCGAUAAUAGCGAUACUUCUCGUCUGGCUCAGAGGCAUCGAGCACAUGUUUGUAAAAUAUACCUACUCUCCUCGUGGAGUUGAAAAUCUUAUUAUUACUAAAAGGAAAAACACAAAAAAAAAGAUAUCACAACCGAAUGUCUCCGUUUGAUUUUCCAAAAACUCUUACAGUCUGACUCGGUCAGACGUAAUAUGCUGUGUAGACUAUACGCGACUCGUAACCACCGAUCAGGUGUAAAAUACUAUGAUAUUUAAAAAAUAGGGAAUUGCAAGCGGUAUGUUAUCGAGGUGACGCUCGACCGUAAAGCCGACCACGCUUUAAUUAUUAAGAAGCUCGUAACGCUGACUACAAUGAAGAAAGCAUUCGGCAUUGAAGCUGUUCAAAGUUGUUUAUUCAUAAUUUUCUCUGAUGUUACGUUCCUUCAUUCUGUACAUCCGUUGACAGUAUUACAAACGGAAACGAAGUAUUAAAAUGCAAUAACUUAACGGUACAACUACUUAACAUUCCUACUUGUGUUUCUUUAAGGAAUCGCGAUUGAAGAAAUUUAUAAAUAACCAUUGAUUUCUAAAAUCCGUAAUUGUUUGGCUCCGUAAUUGUAAGAAUCGACGAUGUCCUAAAUACAAGUUAAGUAGAUGUUAAGCAUUUUAAGAACUAUCGUCGUGAAUUUGUUAGAGAAUAUUCUAUGUGCAGAUACGCGUAAUAUGUAUAUGUACAAUAUAUAGUUGAUAGUUUAUUGUUGUUAGAGACCACGAUAUAAAAGGAGAAACGCCAAAGAUUGAUAUCUAAAUGUCUCCUUUGAUCCUCCGUCGCUUACCGCGGUUGUACCCGUUCAAUUUUUCUUUCUCACUUAAUUCCAUUAUCGGCAAUAAUUUAAAGCGGUAGAGCACGAUCAGUUUCACGUCUGCAUAGGAUAAUAAAUAUGUGCGCCAAAGGGUUAACGAGUUAUGGACCUUUCACAUUUCCGUAACGUAACUGUAAGAAAAAUCUUACGUGAUGGAAGAGCGAAACUUUGGGCUCGAGAGAUUUCGGCCUCCGCCGUAAGAAACAGCCUCCACCACGCAAGACUUUUUUAUGGUACGGUUACGAUAAUGUGAAACGUCCAUUAGGCGUACCUCCGAUGAAUUCGGAAAACGAUACUGGGCGAAGACCUUUUUCGAAGGUCAUCGAAAGGCGAGAAAAGAUCUUCUCCUUGCGAUUGUAGUUUGUAACCGCGUUAGAAUCGUAUCUUCAACAUUUUUCGUAAGUCUAUUCUAAUGUUGUUCGUAUAAGGUGAACCAUACUGUAUAAUUGUCUGUUAUAUUUUAUACAUCGCAUCCGAGUUGCGACCGCAGCCAUAGGUAACAGCUCGGGCCUUGUUAACAUAAUGAAUAAAUAUCAACUACUCACAAACA